UGAUAUAGUCCUUACCAUUCCUUGAUGGUCAAUGAAAUAGAAAUACUCUCGUAUUUUCGGUUCAGGUUCCUGCCCUUGUAUAUAGGACACAUUUCUUAAAUGUUUUAAUAAUUUGAGGGGUUUGUUAAUAGAAAUAGGGUUUAAAAACCUCAUCAUUUUAAAUUAAAAGAAACAUCAAUGAGUAGCAAAAUGGACUUUGAUCGAUUUUGAUUAUCAUAUUAUUAUUUAAUUAAUAAAUGCUAAUUGAAUUAUUUAUACCCCUUUCCAAAUAAUUAUCUUUUAACAAAAAAUUAUAUAAAAAUAUAUAAAUAAAAUUAAAAAAUCAAUAUAUUUUGUGUACAAAUGAAAAAUCAAAUAAGCAAAAAUCAGUGAACGUUUCCCUAACCUCAAAAUUUGAAAUUUCUCUGACGUGACAUCCAUCAUUUUGAAAUCCAACGCCAAGGUCAUAAUCAUCUAUUUAACAUAAAUAAUAACAAAUUAAAUAAAUAAUUAAUUAUAUAUUAUUUAAACAACAGUACGUUGUCAUAAUACAAAAUACAUUAAACAUGAAAGGUGGCAUUUGCCUUGCUUAUUUAAUUGUUCCAAAUUGAAAUUUUGCCUGGGAUUACCUACUUGUUUUUUUCAAAAAAAAAAGUUAUAAUAUGUGAUAUAAAUCAUGGAAACUCACACUGCUGGCUGGAUAGGUUUAAUUGUGAUACUUUUUAUAAGUACUUUUGGUGUUUUUUGGCUGUUAACCUGUUUUACUAGUUUAGUCAUCUUCUUUUGUGGUGCCUUUUCUCUUCUCUACCUAAAACUAGGCGACAUAGAAAAAUUCUACACCAAAUGUGGCGGUAACCCACUAACAGCUAACCCACAAAACGAGGGCGGAUUAAGGUCUAUUAAAAAACUACUAAUAAGCCCAAAGAAAGUACAAAAAUCCGAUAAUAGGGUAACAGGGAGUGAGUUAAUCGAUAGUUCCUUGCAAGAGAUUUUAGGCUACAUUAUUAGAGAUUACGUACAGCCUUGGUACAGUUUGAUAUCCACAGAUUCGGAGUUUCCUCAAACGAGCAUAAGAAGGACAGCUCAAACAUUUGCUAUUAAUAUUUCUAAUAGAAUAAAAGAAGUAGAUUGGAUUCCAUACUUAACCCAAAGAUUGGUCGACGAUGCUGCCACCCAUUUGAGAUUGUACAAGCAAGCCAGGGCGAAAUUCAAGCUCCAAGAGAAACUCAAAGAUACAAAAAAUUCUCCCCUGAAAGAUUCGAAAUCGUCGCCAAGGAAAAACAUUCAUAAAAGAAACAAGAGUGAAACUGACGUGACGUGGUAUGUUGGUAAAAGUACUGAAUUCAAAAGGGACGUAGAAAAGUCUGUUGGGAAUUCGAAAUUUUAUACGCCCGAAACGAAAAAUUACAGCCUUGAGGAUUAUUUUUUCGAUUUGGAAUGUCAAAUGGAGAAAAAUGAAGUUUGUAGAGAUUCUGUUUGUACGGAUAUGGCUAAUGAAAAAGAAUUUUUAACUGAGAUUAUGGAAGUCUUACUCUAUGUUUUGCUGCCAGAUGAAGACUUCCAAUGUAAACCUUUGAGAUUUUUAUUGAGAGAUAUUUUUUCCAGUGGAGUCGUUUUACCGUUAUUUGAUUUGGUUACAGAUCCUGAUUAUAUUAAUCAAGUGAUUUUUUGGAUUUGUUUGAGAGACAAUCAAAUAUCUAGUGAAUUGUUUUUAACGACAUUGAGGCUAACUGAAAGUCAAGAAGAAUUGAAAAGUAUUAAGGAUUUGGUUGGGAGUGAAAUUCAUAACUUGCGUUCCAGAGAUGCUGGUGGUGAAGAUCUUUCUGUAAGACAACAAUUAAGCAGUUUAUCUUAUGUCACUAAGCUAAUAGAUGCUCGUUUAGCAAAAAUGGAAAACUCAGAUUGUAUAGACUCAGAAAAUUCCCUAGAAUACAUUCCAAUAGAAAAAAAAAUAGAUUUAAGUUUACAACAAAUACUCAAAGACAACUUAGGAUUGUCGUAUUUUAUGGAUUUUAUAGGUACCCAAGGCAAGCAAUUGGAUUUAUUUUUUUAUUUGAAUAUUGAAGGCUGGAAAGAUUCUGUUGGUAAAGAAUUAGCUGAGCUUAAACUGUCAAAAGUGUCUUCUGAAAACGCCUUGGCCAUGUACGAUAUGAUCAGAUCGACGGCUCUGAGCAUAUACGAUCAAUAUUUAGGCGGUAAAAAAGAAGAAAGGGUUCAAAUCAAUGAAGAUCUAGUACAAAGCGUACAUUUUAAAAUAAGAAACCUCAACGAAAAACCCAACGAAUUUUGGUUCGACAAAGUCAAGGAGACAUUAUUUGAAAAAAUGGAAAUUGAAUGUUUGGCGCAAUUUAAAAAAAGCAAAACUUAUGUGAAACUUUUACAUGAACUUGAUUUGAUGCCGCAAAGUAUUACUGAAGAAGACAGUGUUAGUUUAGAAAGUUUGGAAAAAGAAAGCAAUAAUUUCCUUAAAGUAGAGCAAUCACCGAAAACAGUAAAACACGCAAGAUCUUUCAGUGACGUUACAAUGUUUAAAACCGAGAAUGGAAAUGGAGCUACUAAUUUUAAUCCUUAUUUAAAAGAAGCGGACCUUGUAGACAGUGCCAAAACGGAAGACUUAAAAACGGGCGAAUUUGAUUUGACCGCGAAUAUUAUCGAGGCAGGAAUUGUUUGUGAAAAAGGUAAAACUUUUGGGAUUUAUGCCAUCAGAGUCAGCAGGCAAUAUUUGUCGGGAUAUUUGGAAGAAUGGCAUAUUUAUAGGCGGUACAGUGAUUUUUAUGAUCUUCAUACGAAAGUGAAAGAUAAGUUUCCGGAUUUAUCCAAAGUAGCAUUCCCAGGUAAAAAAACAUUCCACAACAUGGACCGGGCAGUAUUAGAAAGACGCAUGAAAAUGCUCGGCUACUAUAUGGGCGAGCUAUGCCAGGCUCACGUGAUAACCGCCCAUUACGGCCUCAGAGAUCUCUUGAUGACGUUUCUGGAACAAGGCGACUACGACAGGGAGACUGGCGGUCCUAUUUCUGCAACUAUUAAUACCUUAGUUAAUCCGAUUAAAUCCGGCAUGAAGACUAUUAAAAAUAUGCCCGAACAACUUAUAAAUACUGUAGAUGAAGUGGUCGGCGGUUUGUCUAAAGUUUUUCAUAGUAAAAGUGGUAAAUUGCCUGAGACGAGUAAAGUUGGAGCGUCAAUAGAAGAGAACGAUGACAAUAUUCCUCUCAGAAUAAUGUUGCUACUAAUGGACGAAGUGUUUGACUUAAAAUCCAGAAAUCAAUGGCUGAGAAGGCGAAUAGUGACUCUAUUGAGACAAAUUGUCAGGACAAUGUUUGGCGAUAUUGUAAAUAGAAGAAUAUUAGAUUACGUGUCCUACAUUACUAGUCCUAAAAAUGUUGCACAUUACUUAUAUGUUUUCAAACAGUCCUUUUGGCCUAAUGGUGUAAAAAGCGAUAGAAAAUCAGACCGCAGCUCUGAAACGAAAAAUCGUACACGUGUAGCGGCCAAAGCCGCUCUACUUUCUUGUUUGUCCGACGAACUGAAACACAUUAUCGGAUCUGAAACGACUAGAAGAGGCUUGCUGACGAUUUUCGAUUUAUUUCAAAGGCCGAUUUUGAAUCGGAGGCUGUUGUACGUGUUGCUUGAAGGUGUUUUGUGUACUUUAUUUCCUGAAAAAGAUUUACUUACACUAUUUCAUAAGUUACAUUCUAAGUCAACGAGGUUAAGCGUCUCGAAUAGGUGAUAUUAUUGUUGAUGAUUAUUUAGUGCCAUUGAUUUUUUUUUUUACGGUUCCUAAAAUAAUGAAUGGUUUUACAAAAUCAGUUUUAAUUCUGAAUUUACUGUGCUGUGAAAUAUCAGACCAAGUAGCUUUUUAUCUCGAAACAAAUAUUGUUGAAUGGAUAUAUACAUUGGAAAAUUACUAGAUAUUAUUUUUUUGAAUAUUGCACAAAGUCUUCUUGAAGUCUCAUAAAAUGGCCAGAUAAUGUAUUCUACAUUACAUUAAUAAUUGUGUUCUAUUAGUAAAUAGUUCACCCUCUGGAGAAAAAAUGGAUAUUAGACUAGAGUUAUCUUGUUGCAUAGAUAAGUCCAUUUUAUUUUUAUUUAAAAAAAAAAGGUAUUUUUUUAUUUAUUUAUUUUUACCCGCCCUGAUACAACCAAUUUAUUUACAGAUUAUUUAUUUUUAGUCAAUAUUAUAAAAUUUAAUAUAUUUUUCAAAUAAAAAUUAUUUAAAGUCAA